AUGACUGAAGACAGAAAAAUAGCUUUUGAAAACAUUAGACUUGUGUUGUUAAAAUAUGCCAAAAGACUUGAUUUUAGAGAGAUGAUCAAACUUUUGAAUGACACAGGAAGUCAUUUUUGCAUUCCACCAACCGACUAUGACAGAUUUGAAAAAGUAACUCCUUACAGUAGAGAAGUUUCUCUUAGAUAUAAAACUAACUAUGUUAAUGCUAGUUUUGUUGACAGAUUUAUAACCUGUCAGAAUCCAAAAGAAGAUCAUUUUGAGACUUUUUAUUCUUUUAUUUCCAAAUCAGAAAUAUCAUUAAUUAUAGCAUUAGAGUAUAACAUAUCAUAUUUGAAUGAUUAUGAAAUAUUAAUUGAAAAUAAGAUAUUUAGAGUUGAUCCCAUUGAUCUGAGAGGAAGGAAAAUAAAAAGGGUUGUUUGCAAGGUAUGGAAAGACUUGAAUAUUAUGGAGUAUGAUGAUUUAAUGAUUUUUUACAAUUAUUUAAUACAACAUGAUGAACUAAAGCAGAAUUAUAAAACAUUAAUUCAUUGUCAAGCCGGCGUUGGAAGAACAGGAACAUUUAUAUUUUUCAUUUUACUCAGUGAAAUGAUGAGUAAAGGCUCGCAAAUAACACCAGAUCUAUUUAUUCACAUUAUAAUUAGAUUAAGAAUGCAAAGAAACUUUUUAGUUGAAACCGUGGGUCAAAUGGGAUUCUUAUAUAGUUAUUUUACUGAUUAA